AUGGAUGCAAAAAGUCGUAUGAAGGUUGUGAUUGAUAAAAAGCUUUGUAUCAAUUGCUUUCGUAGCGACCAUUUCGCUCGCUCAUGCCGAUCGAAGUUUACGUGUAAACAUUGUUCGAAGCGUCAUCAUUCGAUGAUUCAUCCUGGACCAUACGAGCUAAGCUCGACCAUUCCCGAAGAGAAUGCUGUUAAAGGAUCAUUCACAUCUAGGGCUACCAAUCCGGGUCCCUCCAGCGUUCUCACCGUUUCUGCUGUUCCUACCGACAGUUCCCCGUGUGCGAAGACAAUACUCCAUCCUACCAGCGUUCUUCUGACCACAGUUGUGUUGAUCGUAGUAGAUGCUUACGGUCAAGAGCACGUCGCCCGUGUCAUGCUGGAUACCGGCUCUCAACCAAAUGCCAUUAGCGAGCGUCUGUGCCAACAACUUCAUUUGAGCCGUAGGUCUGUCAACGUGCCAAUUGCCGGUGUAGAUGGGACCGUUACAAAUGCAAAACAUGAAGUAUCUGCUGAAGUUAGAUCACGGCUCGAUUUUUUGGUAUUGCGGAAAGUUACAUGCGAUACUCCAUCCGUACCGUUCAGUACGUCUGAACUGGAGCUUCCCGAUGACAUUGCCUUAGCCGACCCCGAUUUUGGAACUCCUCGUAGAGUGGAUAUGAUAAUAGGUGCUGCUCAUUUCUAUUCCUUCUUGCGGAAAGGAAAGUUUCGUAUAGCAAACCUUUUGUUUAUCGAAACCGUGUUUGGGUGGAUUGCGUCAGGAAAGAUCGAGAGUAACCGUGAACAUUCAAAACAAGCGAUAGCAACUUGUCAUGUGGCGACAGUUGUACCAAUCGAUGAACUGCUGCAGCGAUUUUGGCAGCUAGAAGAUGUGAGCGCUUCUAAUUACUCCGUGGACGAGCAAAACUGUGAAAAUUUCUAUCAGAAUACAGUUUCCCGUGAUCCCUCUGGGCGAUAUAUUGUUCGAAUGCCCAAGCAUCCCGAUUUCAAUAAGAUGAUUGGCGAAUCGAAAGCCAUAGCAAUGCGGCGCCUUAGCUGGUUGGACAAGCGACUGCAGAAGAAUGAAGAACUGAAGAUUCAGUAUCAUGCGUUCAUGAGUGAGUAUAUUAGCCUGGGUCACAUGGUUCCCGUUCCCGAUGAUGAUGAAGCUAAUUCUAUCAGAUGUUACCUUCCGCACCAUCCCGUGAUAAACCAAUCAAGUUCAACGACCAAGGUUCGCGUCGUGUUCGAUGGAUCAGCGAAAACUAGCUCCGGACACUCACUAAACGAUGCGUUGAUAGUUGGGCCAGUCGUGCAGGACAACAUUCUCGACAUACAUCUUCGAUUUCGCAUGUUUAUGAUCGCAUUAGUGGCGGAUGCGGAGAAAAUGUACCGGCAGGUACUUAUGCAUCCCGAUGACCGCUCGCUGCAGAGGAUUUUGUGGCCACCGGGCAGUAACGGAUUCGUGCAGACUUAUGAGUUAUGCACUGUUACGUAUGGUCUCGCACCAUCUUCGUUCCUCGCUACGAGAACCCUGUUACAGUUAGCUGAAGAUCAUGGAAAUGAUUACCCGAGAGCAACGCUCUGA